AUGGCCAGCAAUUUCUCACAACCUGAGGCGCUGCAGCUCUGCUAUGAGAACGUGAAUGGCUCCUGUAUUAAGUCUCCCUACUCUCCAGGAACCCGGGGGGUUCUGUAUGCAGCUUUUGGCUCUGCCUCUGUGCUCGCUGUAUUUGGAAACUUCUUGGUGAUAAUUUCAGUCCUGCAUUUCAAGCAGCUGCACUCGCCAGCCAACUUUCUGAUCGCCUCCCUGGCCUGUGCUGACUUUUUGGUGGGAGUGACGGUGAUGCCAUUCAGCCUGGUCAGGUCUGUGGAGAGCUGCUGGUACUUUGGGGCCCAGUUUUGCACCCUUCACAGCUGCUUUGACGUGGCGUUUUGCUACUCUUCUCUCUUCCACUUGUGCUUCAUCUCCAUCGACAGGUACAUCGCUGUCACUGACCCUCUGGUCUAUCCGACCAAGUUCACCGUGUCUGUGUCAGGAAUGUGCAUCGGCAUCUCCUGGAUGCUGCCCGUUGUGUACAGCGGCGCCGUGUUCUACACAGGAGUGAAUGAUGACGGUAUGGAGGGGUUGGUAAGUGCCCUCAACUGCAUUGGUGGCUGUCAAAUUGUUGUAAAUCAAGACUGGGUUUUGAUAGAUUUUCUGUUAUUCUUCCUACCUACUCUAGUUAUGAUCAUUCUGUACAGUAAAAUUUUCCUUGUAGCUAAACAACAAGCUAUGAAAAUUGAAACUACAAGUAGUGAAAUCAAAUCCUCAGCAGAGAGUUACAAAGCCAGAGUGGCCAAGAGAGAGAGAAAAGCAGCUAAAACCCUGGGGGUCACUGUGGUAGCAUUUUUGAUUUCAUGGUUACCGUAUACAAUUGACACAUUAAUUGAUGCUUUUAUGGGCUUCAUCACCCCUGCUUAUAUUUAUGAGAUUUGCUGCUGGGGUGCUUAUUAUAAUUCAGCCAUGAACCCUUUGAUUUAUGCUUUAUUUUUUCCUUGGUUUCGGAAAGCCAUAAAACUUAUUCUAAGUGGGGAAGUCUUAAAGAAUAGUUCCUCAACCAUGAGUUUGUUUUCAGAAUAA